AUGGCAGAAGAAUAAAACUUGAAAGAGGAUUCUAAAAAGAAUAUAGGUUAAAUGGGAAUAAAAGUAGUUCCAAGAGGUUCUAAGGAAAUUUCCAACAUUUUAGGAGAUCGUAGGUCUUCUCAUAAUGUAGAUGGGUUUGAUCGUGUAGUUGGUGAUGAGUAAUUAUAAAUAAUAAUCAAAGAAUCACUGAUCAAAAACAGGUUGGUAUUCCACUGAUAGAUAAGGUCGUAAUUAUUUUAGUUGUCCUCUUUACUUUAUUGGUGUUCAUAAACUUCUCAUUUACAUGUAACUUACUUGGUAAUAAUAUGUAUAGCUAACGAUGCUAAGGAAGAUGCAGAUAUAGAAAAGACACUCUUUAUAACCAAAAUAAUUGAAUUGGUUAUCCUUAUUCUCUUUGUUUUUGAAAUAUCAAUACGAUUUAUCAGUGUUGGAUUUAUAGUAAAUGAUAUAUUAAUAUAUAUUAGACAUACUUUUCAGAUUUAUGGUCUGUCUUUGAUGCUCUUAUUAUUAUUGCUUCAAUUGUUUUAAUUAUUCUAGAUCUAAAUCUAGAAGGUGAUGCAUUUACAACAAUAAGCAAAGUUCUAAGGGGUAUCUUCAGAUUUUUAAGAUUGUUUUUAGUCUUCCGCAAAGUAAAUUUCAUAAUAUUUUCCUACAGUUUAAUCAAGUCAAAAAGAUAAAUAAUGUUGGGGCAAGAUAUGUUGUACGAUCCCCAGUUGAAAAAGUAAUUGAAAUUAUGAGAGAUCUUGCAGAUUAAUUUGAGGAUCCAGAUAUUAUAAAAUAAUUAAAUUGGGGUAUAACACAUAUAUCUAAUAAUACUGUUUAUGAACCCAUAAUAGAGGGAAAAAAAAGUGAAGCAUUAGGUUGGCUCUAUCAACCAUAAUAGCAAUAAUAGAUUUCUCAUGAAUUGAAACGCUCAAUGUCUUCUGAUAUCUAAUUUUCUGAUGAAUCUCAUUUGCCAGAACAAUUAAAGUAGGAUUUCGAAUAAAAUAUCUUGAAACUAGAUUAUGAUUACUUUUCUCUCUUUUAAAAAUAUGAUAGUUCCAUACUGACCUAUUUAAUGUGUUACUAUUUUCAAAAAGAAUAGUUAUUCAGUUCUUUGAGAAUGUCUCCAGAUUCUUUUAAAAAAUGUCUGGACAAACUAGGAUCAAGUUAUCACAAAGAAAAUUUGUAUCAUAAUGUUAUUCAUGCCUUUGAUGUCACACAUACUGUGUAUUUUUUUAUUGAAAAAUGCAACUUUAAGGAAAUAGGGAAACUAUCAAAACUUGAUUAUUCUAUUCUUUUAUUGUCUGCUGCAGCACAUGAUGUUGAUCAUCCAGGUUUGAAUAAUAUUUUCCUAUCGAAUACUCGACAUGAAUUGGCUAUGACAUAUAAUGAUAAGUCUCCCCUUGAAUAACAUCAUGCAUCUACAUUAUUCAGAUACAUUAGAGAUACAGAUUUGUUAGUUCAUUUUACAUUAUCAGAUUUUAAAUACUUCAGAGAAAAAUCUAUCAAUAUGAUUCUUAGUACUGACAAUGCAAUGCAUGGAAAAGGUAUUUAAAUUAUCUUUCAUUAGAUUACAAUAAAUUAAAAGCAAGAUUAGCUUCAAAUGAUUUUGAUCCUGGAUCGAAAGAUAAAGGAAUAUGUUUUGAUACAUUAUUACAUGCUGCAGAUAUUAGCAAUCCUUUUAAGCCCAUGCAAAAUUAUGAAAAAUGGACCUUUAGAGUUCUGGGAGAAUUCUGGCUCCAAGGUGAUAAAGAGAAGGAAUUAGGUCUUCCAAUAACAAUGCUCUGUGACAGGAGAACUACAAAUGUUGCUAAAAGCCAAAUAGGAUUCAUUGAUUUUAUGGUAAUAGCAAAAACUAUUCAUAGGUUCUUCCAUACUACAAUACGAUAUCAUAAAUACUUCCAUAAUUAUCAGGAUAUAUUGAGUAAAUAACAGAAAAUAAAAAAGCAUGGGCUGAACAAAUAGAGCAUUAUUAAACUCUUUUAAAUACAUAAUGA